AUGCACCCGUCUGAAGAGCAAGUUGCCGACUUUCUGAGCUUUGCGCCGGAGGCUGGCAAAGGCAAAGCAUUUGUCUUUCUAGAGAGCGCAAACACGGUAGAAGAGGCAGUGAUUGCGUACUACGACAAUCCAAACAGAAACAGCGCUUCCGCGAUGACCAGUGAAAAGAAGAGCGACAAACCCCCGCCAGCAGCGGCUAGCGCAAAUGACAAAGAUGUGCUGCCCUCGUACGAGACGGGCGAAAAGGCGGCAAUACACAACCAUACCAAUGCCGUGAUACGGGCGGCGCAGGUCCGCGCUCAAGACGAGCAAGAGAUGCAGAGUAUGCUACAGAAUGUUCAAUUUAGAUUCAGGCUAUACAACCCAGAUCUUGAACCAGAGCACGAACUCGAAGGCUACUGCAACUGCCUCGUGCAUCAGUAUCAGCGCAAGAAGUGGGAACGACGCAAAGUGCAAUCCAUGUGGUCAAAGGCUGUCAUGUAUCCAGGUGAAAAGGCGUACGACAAUUGCUACACGACGCAAGUCAAUGUCUUUACCAGCAACCCAUAUCGCUUCAACGUCAUCUCUCCAUACUACUCAUACAAUCGGAAUUAUGUGUCUACCAGCUCGUGGUCGCCGCCCCGACCAAGAGCGGAUCUCUACACGGAGUACGUCCGACAGACGAUAGAGCUGAAUGCGUUUCUGAAUGCAAAAGCCGAGUCAGAGAUUAACGCCAAGGAGCCCGAAGUGAGCAUAUGGGAAAUCGACAAUCUCGCCAAGGCAGCUAACGCCUUGAGCCUGGAGAAGAGUGCUGGGCGAUCUGAUACCCCGGAAGCGUCGUGGGCGAGUACUGAGAAAGGUGCGAAGGCCCAGCCGCAGCAGGAGCCGCUGGCUACGCCCUCGACCAACAAGAGCGACCGCCGCCAAUCCUGGUUCAAAAAGAUGAUUACGAAAAAGACGCCUGAGGAAAAGGAAGCGCACCGACUGGAGAAACUGAGCGCUCGGUGCGGCACUCUGCGCAACUCCAUCCUGCAGGAGGAGCACGCGCGCUGGCCCACGCAGGAUUGGCGACGGCUGGUGGCCGAUUAUCAGAACAAGGUCGGCAUGACGCGCAAAAUCGCCAAACUCCGCGAGAAAUAUCCGAUCCAGUACCUUCACCUCCUCAGCGCGGGCUAUUUUGAGCCCAUCCCCGUGGCCUGGGCCGACCAGGCAUCUAAUCCGCUCAAGUUUAGGAUCGAAGGGAUGGAGGGAUGGCGAGGCAUCACGCCGACCUGGCGCGGAUACGAAGACACCGCAGAGGAGCGCUUAUACUGGGUGCUGAACCACCGCGAGGGAACAGAAGGGGCGCGGCUGAAGCCUGACAUGAUUUCAGCGCUCAACAUGGCGCGUCAGCGAAUGAUGUGCGCGGUCGAGCCGCCGCCGCAGUACUUUUCGGCGGCCGAUACGUGCCAUGUGCAGCACACCUCGUCAGGCUAUUCAAAGCAGGUCAUGGCGCCGCCUUUUAGGGCCUUUGAUGCGCCAGAGACGGCCGCGGACGACACUAUGAUUUUGCUCGAUGUGUCGGGGUCCAUGGAUUUUGACCCGAUGCGGCCAAACUACAACGACUAUCUCAUCACGGGCUACUCGCGAUCCACGCAGCCCAAGAAUAAAGACGUCGCCAAGGCCAUCAUCCGGCGCUUUGUCGACGCCAUGAUCAACCACAGCCACAGCGGGCGCGGCUACCAGCUGACCACGUUUGCCAAUCACGCGUCGUACAUGGGCGUGCUGAACCACCGCAACUUUGCGUCCGUGUGGCGCAACGUGCAGUUUGGCGGCGGCACGCGCGUCAUGACGGGCUGGCAGCGCGUCAAGCGCCUGCACUUUGAGAAGCACCGCGCGUCGGCGACGCACCAUCCCGUCUACGGCUGGCAGGCCGGCCCGCAGACGCCCAUGCUGCGCCUGCUGCUGCUGCUCGACGGCGAGGCGACGGACAUGGACGAGUUCGAGCUGGACCUGCUCGGCAACUCGUGGGCGCACGUCACCAUCUUCCUGAUUGGCGUCGACGGCUGCCCGCACCACCACCGGCACGCCAACGAGCUGCAGCGCAUCAGCGAGGUCAACCACCACGUCUCGUUCGUGGACGCCGUGGGGAACAUGCCGGAGAGGUUGGUGACGCAUGAGCUCCUGAAGCGGCAUCUGGGAUAUGAAGUAUCCAUGGCCGAGUUUGUGGAGCUGGAGCAGCCGCCCGCUUACACUGAGUUGUAG